AUGAGGAAACAGGUCAGUCAUGCAGAUCCUCUGAGAGAUGAUGAUUUUGUGACAACUCAGAUGUCCAUUACGGAACUUCCAGCAGAAUUAAACCUAAUGACUGAUGCUCCGGUUGUAACAACCCAGAAACCAACUGUUGCUAUUGAUCAGACACCAGCUGUUGCUACCGAUGCUCUAGUUGUAACAACCCAGAAGCCAGCUGUUGCUACCGAUGCUCCAGUUACAACAACCGAGAAGCCAGUUGUUGCUACAGAUGCUCCAGUCAUAACAACCCAAACACCAGCUGUUGCUACUGAUGCUCCAGUUGUAACUUCCGAUAAGCCAGCUGUUACUACUAAUGCUCCUAUUAUAACUACUGAGAAACCAGCUGUUGCUACUGAUGCCCCAGUUGUGACAACCAAGACACCAGCUAUUGCUACUGAUGCUCAAGUCUUAAAAACCAAGACACCAGCUGUUGCCACUGAUGCUCCAGUUAUAACAACCAACACACCAGCUGUUGCCACUGAUGCCCCAGUUGUCACAACUGAGACACCAGCUAUUGCCACUGAUGCUCCAGUCGCAAAAACCCAGACACCAGCCGUUGCCACUGAUGCUUCAGUUAUAACAACCGAGACACCAGCUAAUGCUACUGAUACUCCAGUUAUAACAACCGGGAAGCCAGUUGCUGCUACUGAUGCUCCAGUUGUUGUAACAACCAUGAAGCCAGCUGUUGCUACUGAUGCUCCAGUUCCAGCUGUUGCUACUGAUGCUCCCAUUAUAACUACCGAGAAGCCAGCUGUUGCUGAUGCUCCCACUUUUGUAACAGCCCUGAAGCCAGCCAUUGCUACUGAUGCUCCAGUUGUAACAACCAAGACGCCAGCUGUUGCUACUGAUGCUCCAAUUAUAACUACUGAGAAGCCAGCUUUUGCUACUGAUGCUCCAAUUAUAACUACCGAGAAGCCAGCUGUUGCUACUGAUGCUCCAGUUGUAACAACAGAGAAGCCUGUUGUUGCUACUGAUGCUCCAGUUGUAACAACCAUUAAGCCAGCUGUUGCUACUGAUGCUCCAAUUUUAACUACCGAGAAGCCAGCUAUUGCUACUGAUGCUCCAGUUGUGACAACCGUGAAGCCAGCCGUUGUUACUGAUGCUCCAGUUGUAACAACCAUGAAGCCAGCUGUUGCUACUGAUGCUCCCCCAGCUGUUGCUACUAAUGCUCCAGUUGUGACAACCAUGAAGCCAGCCAUUGUUACUGAUGCUCCAAUUGUAACAACAGAGAAGCCAGCUGUUGCUACUGAUGCUCCAGUUGUAACAACCGUGAAGCCAGCCAUUGCUACUGAUGCUCCAAUUGUAACAACAGAGAAGCCAGCUCUUACUACUGAUGCUCCAGUUGUUACAACAGAGAAGCCAGCUGUUGCUACUGAUGCUCCCAUUAUAACUACCGAGAAGCCAGCUGUUGCUACUGAUGCUCCCAUUAUAACUACCGAGAAGCCAGCUGUUGCUACUGAUGCUCCAGUUGUAACAACCCUGAAGCCAGCCAUUGCUACUGAUGCUCCAGUUCCAGCUGUUGCUUCUGAUGCUCCUAUUUUAACAACAGAGAAGCCAGCUGUUGCUACUGAUGCUCCAGUUGUAACAACCAAGAAGCCAUCUGUUGUUACUGAUGCUCCAUUUGUAACAACCAUGAAGCCAGCUAUUGCUACUGAUGCUACAGUUAUAACAACCGAGACACCAGCUGUUGCUACGGUUGCUCCAGUCGCAACAACAAAGCCCCUGCUUACUUCAAAGGCUGCUAACACAACUCCUGCAAGCUCAGUUGGAAUAUGCCGUAUUGUCUGCAGUGUGGCAACAGACCCUGGUCCGGUCUGUGGCACCGACUCCACAACCUACCCAUUUAAGUGUGUUCUUGACCUAUUGUCGUGCCUCUUGCCGCACAAGAACCUGGCAGUGCGCCAUCUUGGAUCCUGUGUUUAAACUUGCCUCAGGGAAUUGUUUUUGUUCAUGUUAUAUAGUGUUUGAUGUUUUAAUAGAAAUCAUGUAUUUACCAUAACUUAGUAACGAUCAAAAGUUCACAAAGUAUCUGUUAAUCUUAUUUUCUGGCAAUAAAUUCCAAUCAGUUCAUGCUAAGGAAAUUUUAACUACCUCAAUAAUCGCUGUUUGUGUAGUUGGAUACAAAACAUUAUUGUUGAAUACUGUUAAGAUAGAUUUGAAUUCUUAACAUAUUUAAAGGUAAUGAACAUGAUUGGUAAAGAUCGAGAAUUGGUACAAUUUCCAUGUGUUAUGUUUCUCUCUGAAGGGAAGUCAUUUGAGAAAAAACUGUAUCUUAAAAACACUUUUUUAAAGCUGAUUUCAUUUCUGAUAACCUAAAUUAAGGACAGUGUUUACACGCUGAAAAUUGUGUCUGGUUAUUUCACCAUUUUCUGGUGACUCGCACAAGAGAUUAUGUCAAAUUUUUACAACUCACCACAUGAAGACUGUCUGCAACUUAAUAGUCAGCUCUAUCAAUGAUGUGUAAUACCUUUAAAUUUGGUUCAAUUAUCUCAUUGUACUAUAGUUCAGUUGCAUGUCUUAUGAUGGAUUUGUUAUCAGUACUAUAAUAAUCUAAUCUGAAACUAAUCUUACAAUGAGAGAGUAUAUUGUAUUUUUUGCUGAUGUUUAAUUAUCAAUUUGAUAUUAAAAUGAAAACCAAAACUGUUAGUUCAUUUUCUUAGUCUAGUCAAUGUGAUAGUGCUGAAGACUUGCCGAUAGAAAUUGCCGAUAUUUGUUUAUUUGAUAACUAUUUUGAUUCAGGUCAGAGGGCUUCAGCAUGCUCCCAUGCUUGUAUACUUCUCAUACUUUAAACAUCUGAUAAAUCGUCGUCAGAAAAUACUAUGUACUUUUUAUACAUAGCAGAUAUGCCCUAUUGUUUUAAAUUGCACACUUGUGUUUGUGUUGUGUUUUUAGUACUAAGUGACCCACAUGUUUUGUUUUGUACUACACUUCUUUAAGUGCCACUGCCUGCCCUGUCUAACAUUGUGUUGUAUAAAUAUUAAAGACA